CGAUUGGCUGUUUCAUGUACCAUUUAAAACAGAUGAAUGUGGAUGUAAGAAUUGAAAGGGUUCUCAUUCAAAUCAGCUGGGUUUGGCUCAUCAGAAUCAACGAAGGAUUGUACCCGCGGAAAUCCGACGAAAGAACAGAAGUACAAAUACAUUUUGAGCCUACUUUCUCCAGCACUCAGAUGGCUCGGCUGAUGAUGGGCCUUAUACUGCUGCUGGCCUCCCGGUGUGGUCCAGUGAGCGGUUUAUUUGACUGGUUGAAGCAGACGCAGCCAGGGGCUCCAGCCCUCGCCCCUUCACUGGUCCCUGGACUACCUGAGGGAGAUGCCCAACCGUUCGAGAUGACGGUAGCCGAUGAAAAGUUCCUAGCAGAGGCAAAAAAUAUGGAGCUCAGCCCGUUGGACAGCUGUCAUUACCGGGUGGUUGCCCAGCUGAAGUCGACUUGCGCUAGCCUAUCAGAGGAGCAGCUGGCCAAACUGGGCGUUGUCCUGUUCAACUGCCAGGCAGAGGUGGAGGGGCGUAGGACGUACCCCUGCACUGAGGACAUGUCCCUAAAGCAGUGCACAGCAGACAUGGACUCGGACACGUGGAAUGCUUACCACAUAGUCAGCAACCGGGCACGCUCAGUGUGUUACGCCACCCGUCAGCAGCACUUCCGCCGCAGGGCCGAGCUCACCGUCAACGCGCUGAUCUCUACAGCAACAAGCCAACUGGACGCCAUGAAGGACCUGAAGGAGGGUCAGCUGGAGCUGAAGGAUCUGACUUCGGCCUCCCUGGAGAGGCUGCUGGAGGGUCACAGUGCCCUGGUGGCCCAGCAGGGGGCACUGUGGGAGGGCCAGGAGCAGCUGGAGACCUCGCUCUCGUCUAACCUGGAGCGUCUGGGCCAGGAGAAGGCCCUCAUUGCCUCAGGACAGGAACUGGUGGCCCAGCUCAUCCAGGGAAUCACACACAGGAUGGAGAAUGUUAGUGAGCAGCUAAAGGAUCAAGGGUCAGAGGUGCAGGAUGGACACAAGGCCAUUCUGAAUGACCUUGCUGAGGUCAGUGGGCGCGCAAAGGACAUCUAUAGCAAAAUAGACCACAGUAUGUCUGGGUUCCUGCAGUAUCAGAAACUGACAGCUCAGUACUACAUGGAUCUCAUGGGAAAACUGGAACGCAUGAAUGGAACCCUGGGAACCAUGCUGUGUUACCUUGACAACAUGCAGCGUUGUCUAGAAGAGAGGCUUCAUAAUAUCCAGGGUUACCUGGGCUGGGCAGGUCUAAGCCUGGCUGCGGUGUGGACGUGUGUGGUGCAUGCWGGGUACUUCCUGCUGUGUGCGGUGGUACUGACGUUCCUGCGCUGUCCGUCCUUCUCCCGAGCCAUGCUGCUCUUCACGGUCCCGCUCAACGCUGUGGCUGAGGUCAACCAACAGCCUGCCCUGGACCUGCCCAGUCUCAGCAUGCUGCUGCUCACACUGUCACUCGGUACGGGCAGGGUUUUGUGUGUGUGUUGCUGCCCCUCUCACUGGAAACCACAAAUGGGCUACUGGUUGGUGACGCAGGUGUUGUGGGCGUGUUCUCAGAUGAGAGGAAAGAAGAUCCCCAAUCAGAAGACCCUGGAACCAGAAAGCCACCACUACCCCCACUCCUGCGGCCCAUCCUCCUCCACCCCCCAGAGAGAUGAGCUAGAUGGUCUCAUGGAGCCAGGAGACCUGCUGGACCAGGACAGCUUCAUGACUGGUGACCCCUGCAUAGCAGCAUUUUCUUCUUCCCAUGCCCACUACAUGGCUGAGGCCAGGUUUGUGCCUGUUAUGGGCUCAAUUAACCACUCUACUCCCAGGUUCAAGUGUCGGCCUAGUCUCUCUGCGGCUGUCCUAGGUCUGCCCCAAAGGAACCUGGGAGUAAUGAUGGAUGCAGUGAGCAAAUCACGGAGCGCCAGCCCCAACCAAUCCCUGGCCAGCAACAGCUCUGUGUCUGGUCGUCAGCUGUGUAAUGGCACUACCAGGAUGGGACAUCAAUGUAAGAAGAGGGCGGUGCUGGGACAGGAGUACUGCCAUGUCCAUGAGGGUGGCUAUACCUCCUACAACUGCCUCUGAACAACACCCUGGCUGUGUUCCAAAUGGUACCCUAUUCCCAAUAUAGUGCACUACUUUUGACCAGGGCUAUAGGGCUCUUCUCAAAAGUAGAGCAUUAUGUAGGGAAUAGCCGGCCAUUUGAAUGCACACCCUGCUUCCCCCCUCUCUGCUACCCCCACCCCUUCCUACAUCCACCAGGGGCAAGUUCAGUAGGAGAAAACGUUUUGAAUUGAGAAAUCGUACCAGUAAGAACAGAUUUUUGUUGCAAAACGUUUUGCUAGUGUACCCAACUGAACACCCUCCCAGAAUGACCAGGAAGUAAUUGGGCUAUUCUCCUAUUCUUUUCACGUUUGUUUAAUCAUGCGGUUACCAUGGUUUCUCUUAUCAUCAGGGUAUCWCUGUAGUGUUCUAAGCAAUGACCAGUUGUCAUGUGUGGUAAAAAAAUGUGUUUGUCUGUGUGGAUGAAAGUGCGUGCCUGUGAUAUCCUGUAGUAGGAUACUCCCUGGCUGUAAAUGUGAAAGUAAUGUGAUAAAGCUGAUGUUACUGAAUUCUACAAGGGUUUAUGCAGGCAGGAUUGUUUGCUUUUUAUCAUGAUUUACAUGUGUGUACAUGAUACUGACCAUUUUAUUAAAAAAAAUAAAAAAAUAAGUGUAGAUUUGUCAUUUGCAUCCGUGUUAUGUAGAGGACAAAGGAGGCGAAUUAUAACUUUCACUUAAGAUUAAUUUUCCUUGUCAUGUAUUGAUGUCAUUGAGACUAAGUGAAAUUUCACGUAAAUGGAAGUUAAGAUUCGCCCAUAAAGCACUAAAUUGCACUCAUAAAUUACUCCGACUUGACUAACGGUUGGGAAUAUUAUUUGUGUUUUUCUGAUCUUAAAUGUUUUUUUUUAAAGCUGCCUGUCAAAGGCAAAUGUUUUUGUAUGAAGGCCAUAUCUAUUGUUGGGAUUUUUUAAAAUUAAUAAUAAAAUAUCAGUAAUGCAAAGUU